UUCUAACUGUGGCUUGCGUCGUGCCGCUGCUGGGCAGGCGCCGGGCGCCAGCGGUCUUCCAUCGCGGGGGCUCGUGGGCUUUCCCUGCACGGAAACCGCGGCGGGGGCGCUCGCUCGCUCCGGAUUCGGACGCGGCGCUCCCCGGCUCGUCUGAAGUGCGGCUCGCCGCCGAGGCCCCAGUCCCCGGAUGUCCAUCAGGAUUAGCGCGAGCCAAUACGGGCCGAGCCCGGGGCUGCGCCGAGGACGCCCGGGGCUCCACAGCAGGUAGUCCCGUACCAUCGGGGCGCCGCGCCGGGACGCGUCCCCGCCCGGCUCCGCCAAAUGGUGAGCGGCGGCGCUGGCGGCAGGGCCCGCGGGGUGAAGGCGCUCACGGACGGAAGACCCUGGGCUCUGUAAGCUGAAGGAUGGCAGCCCAGUCCAGUUUGUACAAUGACGACAGAAACCUGCUUCGAAUUAGAGAGAAGGAAAGACGCAACCAGGAAGCUCACCAAGAGAAAGAGACAUUUCCUGAAAAGAUUCCCCUUUUUGGAGAGCCCUACAAGACAGCAAAAGGUGAUGAGCUGUCUAGUCGAAUACAGAACAUGCUGGGAAACUACGAAGAAGUGAAGGAGUUCCUUAGUACUAAGUCCCAUACUCAUUGCUUGGAUGCUUCUGAAACUAGAUCGGGAAAGCCGAAAUAUUCUUUAAUUCCUGAUAAGGGAAGCAGCAUUCCAUCCAACUCCUUUCACACUAGCGUCCACCACCAGUCCGUUCACACUCCUGCGUCUGGACCACUUUCUGUUGGCAGCAUUAGCCACAAUCCAAAGAUGGCACAGCCGAGAACUGAACCAAUGCCAAGUCUCCAUGCCAAAAGCUAUGGCCCACCAGACAGCCAGCACCUGACCCAGGAUCGCCUUGGUCAGGAGGGGUACAGCUCUACUCAUCACAAGAAAGGUGACCGAAGAACUGAUGGAGACCAUUGUGCUUCGGUGGCAGACUCGGCUCCAGAGAGGGAGAUUUCUCCCUUAAUCUCCUCUUUGCCUUCCCCAGUUCCCCCUUUGUCACCUAUACAUUCCAACCAGCAAACUCUUUCCCGGACACAAGGAAGCAGCAAGGUUCAUGGCAGCAACAAUAACAGUAAGGGCUAUUGCCCAGCCAAAUCUCCCAAGGACCUAGCAGUGAAAGUCCAUGAUAAAGAGAUCCCUCAAGACAGUUUGGUGGCCCCUCCCCAGCCACCUUCUCAGUCAUUUCCACCUCCCUCCCUCCCCUCAAAAAGUGUUGCAAUGCAGCAGAAGCCCACGGCUUAUGUCCGGCCCAUGGAUGGUCAAGAUCAGGCUCCUAGUGAAUCUCCUGAACUGAAACCACUGCCGGAGGACUAUCGACAGCAGACCUUUGAGAAGACAGACUUGAAAGUGCCUGCCAAAGUCAAGCUCACCAAACUGAAGAUGCCUUGUCAGUCAGUUGAGCAGACCUACUCCAAUGAAGUCCAUUGUGUUGAAGAGAUUCUAAAGGAAAUGACCCAUUCAUGGCCUCCUCCUUUGACAGCAAUACAUACGCCUAGUACAGCUGAGCCAUCCAAGUUUCCUUUCCCCACAAAGGACUCUCAGCACAUCAGUUCUGCAACCCAAAACCAAAAACAAGAUGAUACAUCUUCAAAAACCCACCCAAAUUCUCAGCAAGGAACAUCGUCCAUGCUCGAAGACGACCUUCAGCUCAGUGACAGUGAGGACAGUGACAGUGAACAAACCCCAGAGAAGCCUCCCUCCUCAUCUGCACCUCCAAGUGCUCCACAGUCCCUUCCAGAACCAGUGGCAUCAGCACAUUCCAGCAGUGCAGAGUCAGAAAGCACCAGUGACUCAGACAGCUCCUCAGAUUCGGAGAGCGAGAGCAGUUCAAGUGACAGCGAAGAAAAUGAGCCCCUAGAAACCCCGGCUCCGGAGCCUGAGCCUCCAGCAACAAACAAAUGGCAGCUGGACAACUGGCUGACCAAAGUCAGCCAACCCGCCGUGCUGCCCGAGGGCCCCGGGAGCACAGAGCCCCCUCAGCAGCACCCGGAGAGUAAGGGCAGCAGCGAGGGUGCUGCGAGUCAGGAGCGUUCUGAAUCCAAAGAUCCUCCCCCGAAAAGCUCCAGCAAAGCCCCCCGGGCCCCUCCUGAAGCCCCCCAUCCUGGAAAGAGGAGCUGUCAGAAAUCCCCGGCACAGCAGGAGCCCCCGCAGAGGCAAACCGUUGGAACCAAACAACCCAAAAAACCUGUCAAGGCCUCUGCCCGGGCGGAUUCGCGGGCCAGCCUGCAGGUGGAAAGGGAGCCAGGACUUCUUCCCUACGGCUCCAGAGACCAGACUUCCAAAGACAAGCCCAGGGUGAAGACGAAAGGACGGCCCCGGGCCGCUGCAAGCAGAGAGCCCAAGCCAGCAGUGCCCCCCUCCAGUGAGAAGAAGAAGCACAAGAGCUCCCUCCCCACCCCCUCUAAGGCGCCCUCAGGCCCAGAACCCACGAAGGACAAUGUGGAGGACAGGAGCCCUGAGCACUUUGCUCUUGUUCCCCUGACUCAGAGCCAGGGCCCGUCUCAGAGUGGUGGAGGCAGCAGGACUAGUGGCUGCCGCCAAGCCGUGGUGGUCCAGGAGGACAGCCGCAAAGACAGACUCCCAUUGCCUUUGAGAGACACCAAGCUGCUCUCACCGCUCAGGGACACUCCUCUCCCCCAAAGCUUGAUGGUGAAGAUCACCCUGGACCUGCUCUCUCGGAUACCCCAGCCUCCUGGGAAGGGGAGCCGCCAGAGGAAAGCGGACGAUAAACAGCCACCCACAGGGAAGAAACACAGUUCUGAGAAGAGGAGCUCAGACAGCUCGAGCAAGUUGGCCAAAAAGAGAAAGGGUGAAGCAGAAAGAGACUGUGAUAACAAGAAAAUCAGACUAGAGAAGGAAAUCAAACCACAGUCCUCUUCAUCUUCAUCGUCCCACAAAGAACCUUCUAAAACAAAGAGCUCCAGGCCCUCCUCAGAGUCCUCAAAGAAGGAAAUGCUUCCCCCGCCACCUGUGUCCGCGACCUCCCAGAAGCCAGCCAAGCCUGCACACAAGAGGUCAAGGCGGGAGGCAGACAACUGUAGCCAGGACCCUCCCAAAAGUGCCAGCAGUACCAAGAGCAGCCACAAAGACUCUUCCAUCCCCAAGCACAGAAGAGUGGAGGGGAAGGGCUCCAGAAGCUCCUCGGAGCACAAGGGUUCUUCCGGAGAUACUGCAAAUCCUUUUUCAGUGCCUUCUUUGCCAAAUGGUAACUCUAAACCAGGGAAACCUCAAGUGAAGUUUGACAAACAACAAGCAGACCUUCACAUGAGGGAGUCAAAAAAGUUGAAGCAGAAAGCAGAGUUAAUGACAGACAAGGUUGGAAAGGCUUUUAAGUACCUGGAAGCCGUCUUGUCCUUGAUUGAGUGUGGAAUUGCCAUGGAGUCUGAAAGCCAGGCAUCCAAGUCGGCUUACUCCGUCUACUCAGAAACUGUAGACCUCAUUAAAUUCAUAAUGUCAUUAAAAUCCUUCUCAGAUGUCACAGCGCCAACACAAGAGAAAAUAUUUGCUGUUUUAUGCAUGCGUUGCCAGUCCAUUUUGAAUAUGGCGAUGUUUCGUUGUAAAAAAGACAUAGCAAUAAAGUAUUCUCGUACUCUGAAUAAACACUUCGAGAGUUCUUCCAGAGUCGCCCAGGCACCUUCUCCAUGCAUUGCAAGAAGCACAGGCACACCAUCCCCUCUUUCCCCAAUGCCUUCUCCUGCCAGCUCCGUAGGGUCCCAGUCGAGUGCUGGCAGUGUGGGGAGCAGUGGUGGGAUGGCUGCCACCAUCAGCACCCCAGUCACCAUCCAGAAUAUGACAUCUUCCUACGUCACCAUCACGUCCCACGUCCUUACCGCCUUUGACCUUUGGGAACAGGCCGAAGCCCUCACAAGGAAGAAUAAAGAAUUCUUUGCUCAGCUCAGCACAAAUGUAUGCACCUUGGCCCUCAACAGCAGUUUGGUGGACCUGGUGCGCUAUACACGACAGGGUUUUCAGCAGCUACAAGAAUUAACCAAAACACCUUAAUGGAGCCCCAGGUUGAUUCAAUGCCUUGGGAACUAUUUUUGCACAUUGGAAGCCUCAGAAACAGUCCAGACAUUUGUCUCAUCAGGACACCAAACUCUAAAACAGAAGCACCAUGAGAUGGCCAGGACAUUUGUCCACUUAAACUCUCAACAACUGUGUGAUCAUUGGUCGGACACUAUGGUUAUGCAGAAGCAGAGAUGAGGAGGCUGGCCCCAGAGAUGAUCUUCCCUUCCUGACUAAAGGACAGAAGUGCAAUGUAGCUUAAAUGGGUGUAUGAAUGGUCUAGAAACAUUUCUGGUUUUUUUUUUUUUUGUUUUUUGUUUUGUUUUUUUUUUUAAACCAGUAGGAUCCAAGUUGCAAAUGAAAUGAGGAGAAGCAAUUUCAACUCUGAAAGUGAAUUCACAUCAUCUCAGUAGCCACACUAGUCCAUUCCCAGAAGGAAUUUUUUUUUAAACAAUGACUUUUGGUGGAGGGUUUUGUGGAUGUUCUCUUUUUCUUUUAAGUUUUGGGAGAAGUGUUUGUUCAGUAACUUCGAAUGGCCAUCUGUCAACCAUAAGUUGUGAAGGACUCCACUGUGCCCCACUUUCUGCCAAUGAACAGUGGCUUGAUAAUA